AUGGUCACAAAUAUUCGUUUAUUUAUGCAAAUCUUUGAUUAUUCAAACUGUUCGAGGCUUUGUUCUCGUCAAUUUUGGUUUCUGAAGUGUAGCGGUUUUCGGACAAUUGACGACUGGGUUUCACAGGGGGAACUGCAUUAUCUGUUCACCGGUCUUUUGGUUUCGUUGGCUUACGCUAACAAAACAGUGGAUGAUGACACGAUGGAAGAGGAAGAAGGACGAGUCAGGGUGGUGGGAGGACAGAAGUGA